UCCGCGCCGCCUCUCGCUCCCAGCCCUCUUUCCGCGCUGGGGCCGGAACUCGGCCGCGGAGCGCUGCCGGAAGGGGCGGGCGGCGGCGAGGCCGACACUAUGGUGGCCACCAGACGGGCCGUGCGGCGGCGGGAGGCGGUGGGGGCGGCGGCGGCGGCAGCCGGGGGCGGCGGGCCCGGGCGCGGCGACGCGGCGGAGACAGUAUCUGCUGAAAUCGGUACUUCGGUAUCUACGAGGAUGUACACAAGGAGUAAAGCAAUUUGUAAACCUGAUGUAAUUCAGGAAUCUCAGCUGGAAGACGUGGACCACGUAGGAACAAAACCAGAUGUCAGUGAUAGCACAGAGAUGCAGAUCAGUAGAAAUGAGAAUACAGCUGUUCAUUCAGCACUGUCAUCUGCCGAUCCACAGGCUGAUGGGGAUGCAUCAGAGGCAGAAUCAAACUGCUCUACUCUGUCUGGUCUUCAGACACCUCUGUUUAUAAGAGUAACAAGAAGGCGACAAAUUGUAGUUCCUUAUCAACCAGAUUCUCCUGCCAAAAAAAGACAUGACAGGACUGCUUUUCUAAAUGAGUUAAGCAGGACUGUGGAUGAAGAUGAUGUCUCCGAAGCUGAGUCUUGCUCCUCUGCUGUUUCUGAUGUCCGGAUGUCUAAUGUUACCAAAACUACAAGAAACAGGCAGAGCAAAAAGAAGUUGCAACCAGAUCCAGUUUGUGAAGCCCAGAGUGAAGAUCUCUCUGAUGCAGAGUCGUGCUGUUUUCAUAUGGAGCCAUCCAUUACUACCAAACGAACUACUAGGAGCAUGCGAAUGAAAUUACAAGCAGAAAAUACUCAGCAUGCUGAGAAAGUAAACAGAAUUGUUUCAAAACCUGAGAAUGUAAUUGAGGACACAAUUAAAUCUGAGUCAGACCUUAUUUCUGAUUCUAGCCCUGCUGCAGAAUUUAACACAGAAGUUGCUUCCUCUGUGACUGAGUGUAAUAAAGAAUCUAGUUCACCUAAGGGCAAAUGUUCUCCCAAAUCUGCUAAUGCAAUCCCAAGUGAAGAUGUGAAACGAGACUUUUUGGAUGAUAUUACACCCAGCAAUCUUAAAAAAAUAGAAGAAAAAAGUACUACUGAAUCACCGGUUAAAAAAGCAAUGAAAGAUACUCAGGUUGUUGGGAUAGAUGAUUCAGAGGAAGAAAGUGGCCAGAUGCAGGAAGAGCACAGUAAAGUACCAGGGGAGAUGAAACUAAAGAAUAUGGAUGUUUGUUUGAUUGACUGUAUGAGUCCCAAAUUAUUUUUAGAAUCCCCAGGGGAAAUAACACCAAAUGAAAAUAAAACAGUUCCAGAAAACAGAAGAGUAGAUGCUGAGGCAGCUGUACAGAGGUCCUCCAUCCAUACCAGUGAAUUAAGAAAGGAUGAACAGUGUAGUGCAGUGAGCAGCUCAGAGGAUGAUGUGCCUGUUGCACAAACGACUGAUAGCAGCUGUAGAAUGGUUGGAAUCAUUGUAGACAGCCAUGAAGACCGAACAAGAGAACGUGCUGAACUUGUAUCCCACAGCAGCAAAAGAUCCAAUGGUGAAAAUGAUUCCUUUGCAUUGUUUCUGAGCAAAGAUAGAAGUGGUGAAUCUGAAAACAGUGAUGCGACAGACACAGGUACAGCGGAAGGGAAUCUGAGUUGCACAGAGGCAGAUGAGAGGACUCCUUCCUUGAAGAAAUCUUUAGAAAAGAAUUCACUGCACGUUGAAGGGCUUUUUGUAAUUGAUACUGAGCCUGGGAUGGGUUCCAGCCAGAAGUAUUACCUAGAUCAGGUAGACCAAGGUAGUGAUGUUGAAAGUAAGCAUGAAGGGAGUGAAAAAGUUGAAGAAUCCUCGGAUCUAGAAGAGGCUGAAGAGGAACUGAUAGAUGAAGAUGAGAAAGAUGAAGAUGAUGAUUUGUUGAAAAAUAAAAUUGAUGUUUUGCAUCUUUCCAGCAGCAUAGACCCUGGUUUGAAUAUCAGGAAGCUUGGAGGUUUAUAUAUUAGCUUUGAUGGAAAAAAACAAAAACCUGGUUCAAGUGUAAUUAAACAACUGAAGGAGAAAAAGAAGGACCAGCUCUUGCAGAAGAGUAUAAUAACUCCAGAUUUUGAAAGAAAGGAACAUGUGCCACCCUUCAGGGAAUCACUUCGGCAGCUAAAGAAACAGCGCAGAGCAGAGCGGGAGAAGACAACAGGUGAUGGCUGGUUUGGUAUGAAAGCCCCAGAAAUCACAAGUGAGCUGAAAAAUGAUCUUAAAGUGUUGAAGAUGAGAGCUUCUUUGGACCCCAAGCAUUUUUAUAAGAAGAAUGAUAGAGAUGGUCUGCCCAAAUACUUCCAGGUUGGAACUGUGGUUGAUUCUCCCAUAGACUUUUACCAUAGUCGAAUUCCUAAGAAACAGAGGAAGAACACAAUUGUUGAAGAGCUGCUUGCAGAUUCUGAGUUUAGAAGAUAUAAUAAAAGGAAGUAUCAGGAGAUCAUGAGUGAAAAAGCAGCUUAUGCAGCAGGGAAGAAGAAUCGGAAGAAGAAGAAAUUUCACAAUUAAGACUUGAAGAAAAAUAACAAGCUGGAACAACUUAUUUGUUAUAAAACUUUUCUCAGAUUGCUUUGAUUUGUGGUGUGAUUUUUUCAUUUUUUUUAGUUUUAAGACUAAGGGUCAUAUAAAUUCAAAGGUAGGGAAUGUAUUGCAGUAGGAAUUUGGUAGAAGCUUUAUCAAAUUAAUCAGAUAUCUAAAACUGUGUUUUAUAUGAAAGGCUGAUUAAAAUUAAUGUUUAUUUUAAAAGUUGAUGAUUUAAAAGCAUGUCGUUUAAUCUGAGCACAACAUCCAACUUUAUGGGUAACGGCCUGAUCAAUUUUCAGUUCUAACAUGAAUGAAUUAGCAAAUUUAGUUUUAAGUUAGGUGUGUAAUUCACUUUGGCACCUAUUAUGUGUCACAGAAAACUUUCCCACAUCUUACCAGAAACACUGCUGGCCAAAUCUGUAACAGGGUGUUGAGCAUCAGCUUGGUUGUAGAGAGUUGAUUUCAUUGUAGAGAGUUUAUUUGAACAGUGAACAUAGCAGAAUUGAGAAUGUCCCAGAAUUCAGCAAAAACGCAUAUACUUACAUGCAUACACAUGUAGAAAUAAUAUAUAUAAAUUAUAAAUAUAAAAUAUAUAACACUGAUUAAUAAAUAAAUAUACGCAGCAAAUAACGUGUAUUAAUACAUUAAAUUUUGAUAUCCAGUCUUAUGUCACUUAAGUGUUACCGUAUGAUUGAUGAUUUUUGUGACAAUAAUUCAGCAGUAGGGUCCAUUACUAGGGUGCAGUAUGCAGACUAUGAUCUGAUAGCUGUUGGAAUAGUUCUUCAGGAAAAUGAGCAUGGUGAGUUUGGUAGAACUAAAGAUGGUAUCAGUUCAUAACUUCUUGUGAUCAUUAAGUGUUGUGCUGUUUGUUUGCUUUUUAAUGACCUUGUUAUUAUAUUGCUGUUACAGUUAGUAUAACUCGGUUACUAUCCUUAGAUAGCAGAAGCUAGAAGAGAUAAAACUGUCACUGCAUUAUCUCAUGAACCAAGUGAGGCAAACUUAGACAAGGUUAUCAGAAGUCCAGUGAUGUUUGUUGUUUUAUUAUAAGAAGAAUGAAUUUCAAAGGUUGCAGAUUUUACACAGGAAGGAUGUUCUUGACCAGUGUUUAACAUGAAAUUUUUCACUCUUGUCAUGGUUUUGUCAAACCAUUGACAACUCUGCAGGGUGAGUAGUUGGGGGUGGUGGUGGUGUUUGUUUGUUUUAACAAUCAGCAGUUUGUGCUGAAGAGAGAUGAAAUGGCAUAUAUUGAUCACCAACUGAAGUUUGAAAGAAAAUUUCCCACGAUCGUGGAGAUUUUCUUGUAUUCCUCUGAGGUUAACCAUAAAUAAUUUGCUGCCAAACACAGAUGGAAAUCUGGAUUUUUAUAAGUCCAUAGUUGCCUGGAGAUAAAUGAUGCAUAAAGUGAAGUGAGUUUGUUGGAAGUGUCAAACACUUAAGAAGUAGAACCACCUGGCCCCAAGUCUCAGCUAACACGUAGAUCUUCCAAUACAGUCAUAUAUGCUAAAAUCUUGAAUCUGUAAAUGAUAAACCAAUAAAAACAACUAUGGUGCCUUGUUCUCUGGAUGGGAAAUGAAAGAAGAAAAAAAGGAAUACUGAACACUGAGGAAAGAAAACAAGCCACCACAGUAGUUAUCAUUUUGUUGCUUUCCUGAACCUCUGAAAGACCUUCAAAGAGAAAAGCAAGCUUUGGUGUCACAGUGCAAGCAACAGCUCCAUGUCUGUUGCUCAGUCUGCUCAAUAGCUUACUGCAGGUCUUAAAACUAUUUAUGGUCAACAUUGCUAGUGAGGGAUUUCCAUGUUCUAUAUCCUUCCUAUUCCUUCAGAUGUUCUAAUAUCUGCUGUGCCACAUGCUGUGCCCAGCAUGUGCCUGUGCUCUCUGUGAGCCAGAGGUGAGUUGUGCUGGCCCCUGUGGUUGGUGGUUGCCUGCUUGCUGUUGGCCAUUGCCCCAGCCUGCGCUUCAGCCUCUGUCAGGGAGAGCACUUGAUGGUGUGUUGUCUCACAGCAACUGAUUUUCAUCGAAGUAUAGGAAUGUAAUGCUUCAGACUACCCUUCAUUGAACUGGUUUACAAGUGACAAAUUUUAAGUUGCUGGGGAGAAAAAAGAUUGCAUAAACUUACCAGAUGAUAAGAUUUCUCUGAUAAUACUCAAAAAAAAAAAAAAAUUGUGAAACAUUGGUGUAGUUUGAGAAACUAUUUGCUUAAAAAUUACAAGUGUUUUCUUGCAACUGCUGUCAGAAAUACUUGUGUUUUGUGGAUAUAAAAUGUUACUGACAAUUCUCUCUGAGGAUUAAAGAGCAAUUUGAAUGUUUAUAGGUCUAUGUAUACAACUAUAGCUGUUUUGGAUGUCACUGGGAUGUUCUGUGUAGAUAAAUAGAAUUCCUUUCUCCUUCACACUCUCCUGGCUGUGCCUGUGUUCCGCACACCCUCGGGCAGAGAGCAGACAAGGUUGCUGCUGCAGCUAGCUUAGUCCAUUUCCUGGGUGCUGCAGCUGAGGCUGUCUGGGUUCCAAAGGGCUUAAGCUGAAGCGGCUGAGGUGUUGUUACUGGUGUGGUACCACUAGUAGACAUGGUUAGUCUGCGUGCAGAAGUAAAACUCUUCUCAUUUUUCUUUGCUGUGCGCUCAUUGCUCACAUGUUUUCCAUUCUUUGGGAUAAUCUCCCUGUAUCAACUUAGUCUCCCUAGGACUGAAGCUUUCUAAUGGUCUGUCACGUUUAUAUUGCUUGCUGCAAUUCUUGGUCAUAUUCCAGCUGAUUCUCUUACUGCAUUCAGACAGAGUGAGUAUAUUGUCUUAGCAUUCCUCAGAGCCCACUUCGUGCACAUAUCUUGCAGAAUGUGUCCCUGUGCUACCUGCCCUGUGUGCCAGCCUCGUGGAGCUCCUUGCGUCUUUGGCAUGUAAUUCUGUCUACUAAAUUGGGCUUUUGUCAUGUAGUGGUCACAUAAAUAUCACUUCCAGUAUGUAAGGGUGUAUAUGUAAAAGGCUCUGCCUUCCAUUUUUUCUCUGGGAACUAGACAAGUUGGAUCAGACUGUCCUUAAAUGAGAAGAGUAGAAAGGGGUAGUGUCAAGGUAACUGAAUUGCUGGCGGUGACUGAACAGGGAGAAGGGUUUUGCUGUCUCACUGGUGUUGCUGCUUGGUAUGGGUUUCAUGUAAGAGAUCAGUGUUGGCUGUUUGUUGUAGGUUCUGGGAAAAUUCAGUGUUUCUGCAAGGGGCUGUAUAUGUUUUGUAGCUAGAGAGCAUUCUGGAAUGGAUUUCUAUGCUGUAAAUCAGUAAUGGUUAAUGUUAUUAACAGUAUGCUUUUCAGUUUGAAAAGGAGGCCAGAGGCACAUAUGCAGGAUUAAAAUGCACUUUUAAUAUUAUUUUUCAAUUACGUAUACUAAUUUGUGAAUCAAAUAACGAAUGUUUUUAUCAGUCACUAAUAAAUUGUACAUUUAUUUCAA